GUCCUGGAGGUGGAAAUGUGGAGAUUUCAGGCACGCAGGCUGAGUGGAUUCGUCUCUGCUUUGGCAGCUCUUUGUCUGGCCUGCUGCGCCCAAAGCCCAGCCACUGGGAAUAUAUCCGUGGUUAAAGAUAUUGUGGACAAAUUGCUGAAAGGGUAUGAUGUCCGUCUCCGGCCUGACUUUGGAGGUAACCCUGUUACUGUCGGAAUGAGCAUCCAUAUUUCGAGCAUUGAUCAGAUUUCUGAAGUGAAUAUGGACUAUACCAUCACCAUGUACUUCCAGCAAAGUUGGCAAGAUAAACGUCUAGCAUAUAGUGAUCUAGCUCUAAAUCUCACCCUGGAUAAUCGGGUGGCUGACCAGCUGUGGCUCCCUGACACAUAUUUCCUAAAUGACAAGAAGUCCUUCCUGCAUGGGGUAACAGUCAAGAACCGGAUGAUCCGGCUUCACCCAGAUGGGACUGUUCUUUAUGGCUUGAGAAUCACUACCACGGCUGCUUGCAUGAUGGACUUAAGGAGAUACCCCCUCGACCAGCAAAAUUGCACUUUGGAAAUUGAGAGCUAUGGCUACACAGUUGAUGACAUCGUUUUCUUUUGGCAAGGAAACAAUUCAGCUGUGACAGGGAUGGAGGUCCUUGAGCUGCCCCAGUUCACCAUCAUUGAGCAAAGACUUGUCACCAGAGAAGCAAAGUUUACCACAGGUUCCUAUCUUCGCUUAUCGCUCAGCUUUCGAAUAAAACGGAACAUUGGUUAUUUCAUCCUUCAGACAUACAUGCCUUCCAUUCUCAUCACAAUUCUUUCCUGGGUCUCUUUCUGGAUCAAUUAUGAUGCCUCUGCAGCCCGGGUUGCCCUAGGGGUCACCACAGUCCUCACCAUGACAACCAUCAACACGCACCUCCGGGAAACCCUGCCCAAAAUCCCCUAUGUCAAAGCCAUCGACGUCUAUCUCAUGGGCUGCUUUGUUUUCGUGUUCCUGGCGCUCCUGGAAUAUGCCUUCGUCAACUACAUUUUCUUCGGCCGAGGCUCCAGGCAGCAGAAGAAACAGAGCGAGCGUCUCAACAAGAUGACUAACGAGAAGCACCGAUAUGAGGAGAAGCGGGUGGACCCUUAUGGCAACAUUCUUCUCAGCUCCUUGGAAAUGAACAAUGAAUUAUUAGCUUCUGAUAUGAUGACCUCAGGAGGAGAAUCACGAAACUCUGUCAUGUCCUUUGAAGGAUCAGGAAUCCAGUUCCGCAAGCAGCUGGGACCCCGAGAUGGUUUUGGGCAUCACCCACCGCUAGAACGCCACGUCCCACUGACCCACCAUGCAGCAGCCCGUAAUCGUGCCAACUGCCGACUCCGCCGACGAUCGUCCAAGCUGAAGCUCAAAAUUCCUGACCUAGCAGAUGUCAGCACCAUUGACAAAUGGUCAAGGAUCAUUUUCCCCAUCACUUUUGGAUUCUUCAACCUGGUUUAUUGGUUGUACUAUGUAAAUUGAUGC